AUGGAUUCAACACCAGUGAACGAGGAAUGCUGUCAUAGAAUGAAGCAUUUAGCUCUGGCAUUAAACCGAGCUGAGCAGGCAUUGAGAGCUCUACGACAUCGAAAAACAACUUUAAGCUUAAAGAAUAUGCAUAUGGAAUUUGUACAAGAACAAACCGAAUCAGGACACGUAGAAGGUGCGUUAGCGGUGGCGGGUAAAAACACAACGGAAUGGGGUGGAAAUAUAGCCAUGUGGGGUAUUUUGCCAAUGUGGCGUGCCGCUCCACCACCUGACACUGUAUUGAAACUUCAAAGACCAACACCUUCUGACUGUUGGCCCUUUAGAGGAUCUUAUGGCGAAAUCAUAAUAGAAAUGCCGGAAAGCUUGCCAAUAGUUAAAUUAAGUGUGGAACAUAUUCGACCAGAUACUGCACUAAGUGCACCGAAACAUUUUAUAGUAUUUGGUAUUUUAGGUGACGGUACAUGGAUGAAAGCAGCUUUCGGAAUCUAUGAAUACAAUAAACCAGCAAAACAAUACUUUAAUUUAAACAAUAGAAACGUUCCGUUUCAACAGAUUGUUUUCAGAGUUUUGUCUAACCAAGGAAAUAUGAAAUAUACUUGUAUAUAUAGAAUUCGCCUUUAUACAAGUAGUUAUUAA